AGCUCGCAGAUAUAAUUUUUCCUUCCGUUCUGUCGCCUGCAAAAUCGAUUCUGCUUUGGAUGCUGUGCGAUUUCAUUGUUCUGCGCACAACGAAUAAAAUAUCCAUGACACCUGGACAGUCUCCACGAAGAUGAUGUCGAAUGCGUUUUCCGCGUUGCUCGUUUUCUUGACAGUUCUGCACUAUCACUGCCAUGUCGCGUUUGCGGGUUUUGAGCACGAGCAGGAGGACUUCUAUCCCUGGCUGGUGCGCGUAACCAACACCGUCGGUUUCGAGGACCGGUUUUCGGAGGGCGGCGCCGAAUGGUUUCCCUUGUACGAUUGCGCGCAUGCGCGCGACAAGGAGAUGAACUCUGCCCUGAUGAACAGCGUUCGCAUAAACUGGCUCGACAACUACGCGCGGUCGCUGCCGGACGGCGCUUCCUGUCCAGAGGACUACUUCACAAUUUCCUCUGUCGCAGACGGGGACGACGGUCAGGAAGAGGACGCAGUCACCCAGAUGCGCCGGAUACAGGCGAAUGAGAACAGUGCCUACCAGCAGUGCGCGGGCAUCUUUCUCGCACCGGCACAAAUUCGCGUGCACCCGCCGGCGCAGAGUCUGCGGGGGAUCUUUCAGAAGUUCGGCAACGCGUUAGCCAACCUGCAUUGGAACUUGCGGCACUACUGCUACAUUUUGAACUUUCUUUACCGGCAUUUUGGAGCGGUGCAGGACUUCGUACGACUGGAUGAUCGCAGAAUUCUGGAGCUGCGGGGAAAGGAGCGUGGUCCGACGCAGGCCUUGUCUUCCGAGCUUGCAGAUGCCGUACGGAAAGAGGCUGAUGAAUCGUGUGAGGCGACGAGUGUCGUGUUGGGGGCUGACGAGAAAACCCUGAAUUACUACCACUGUCGGACUUUGCCCGCGGCGGAAGCGAAAACGGUGCAGAAAUUCGCGUUCCAACGAAGAGGUGACCACCUCCAUGGGCAACGAACUGAGCGCGAAGAUGGACAAAAAGCUUCCGGCAUGGAGGAGCCGCGGUCGUCCAGCAGCGCCAUCAGGUUCGCAACUACUGGUACUAUCAUAGUUUUGCACUUCACGUUCGCUUGCAGGUUUAUAAAUGUGAAGCUCUCCACUUAUUUGCGCGGUCUCGUCAGAGUCUUCGAUGUGUGGCUUUGGUUUUUCUUCGUGCAACAACUCCUUCCAGCACUAGCUGAGGCCGCCAAGCCCCGAUUUGAAAAGUGCCAGCCCAAGUUGUGCCCUAGCGCUAACUUGUUCAGCUACAAUUCGGGAUCUACAACUUCCUGACACAGAAAUCCUUCAGGCGCAGCUCCAUGGCAGCGGAGAUCACGGCGAUUUUGAAGUAUGCCGACUCUUCGGGCCAUGUCACGGUAUCUGCCGUGCGAGAAUACCUGCGACAGGAGGUUUUCAACACUGGAAUAAGCCCAAGCGUCCUUGUGCCGCCCCCCGAGGAUCUGGAAAGUUACCCGGACAACCAUGAUUACACUAGUGUCAGUGAGCUUCGCGACGAAAAUGGUAGGAACGUUGGCACUGGCGCCGAGAAUAGUAAAAGUUUGUACCACACGACCACCCAGAGGAUCAUUCCCUCCCUGCUGGUGCAGGAUGCGGAACUUCUGAAUCUGAUCGCGCGCUCGCUCCACCUUAUCCUGACCAACGAGAACCUGCGACUGCCGGCGGAGAUUUACCACGGUGAAGAAAAACCGCAAGCAACGGAGGAAUCCUUUGCACGGCAGGCUAGGGACUUGGAAACCGCCGACCUGGCUUACCUCGGGUACCGGUCACGCGACACACUUCCGGCAAAAGCCUUCCGCCAGGAUUCGCACGCACUGGCCGCGUUGAUGAGCCAGUGGCAGGAUCUGACGUACAGGUUCCUCGCCUCGCACCACGACCUAAUGCAGCGCCGCCACACAGAAAGGAAAGACCGCGACCAGAAAGAAAACCAGCGCCUCAUCGAUACGAUCAACUUGGGGAAUGGCGGCAAAGCUGAAGGUGGAACGCGCGAAGAAGGCCGCCGCCGCGAGAAAAUCACUACAAUUUCUGCGGGUGCAGCGCUCUCAAACGAAGCAGGGGCUGCAUCUGCUGCGCCAACAGAAGACGCGGUGCGAGAAGAUGUGAUCGCGUACGCAUAUCGUGUUCUGGUCUACCACUGCCGCAUAUUGCACCGAAAAUUCGCCGAGACGAAGUACAUUGGUAGCCUGUUUGGUAGUUACAACACAAACCGCUAUUUCGCAGCCGUGCCGCGGCCAGCCGAAAAGGUAGCUGCGCUAAUUCCUGGCUUCAACUUUACAAACCUGGCCUUGAAGUUAUCGCACGACAUCGCCUGGGCGCAGCGGGCUUUUAGGCAGCAAGUUGGAGAACUAGCAGAAGUUCUGGACAGUUUUCCGUACAAUUUGUCCUCGCAGCAGGGCUACAAUAGAGAGGACACAGGGAAUAAACGAGCAGCGUUUUCACGAACAGCAAAUGACGAGGAUCCGAAUAAGAAAGCAGGAGCGCAGCAAGGACUUCUACAAGCCAAAUUUCCGCAUUUAUCCACACACUACGAAUACCAUGCGAGGUUGCUUCCAGAAUUCGAAAAAAACACGAGAGUGGGCACAGAUGACGAACAACUCAGCGCACUUUCCCAUUGGAUCGCACAGCACAUUCUGUUUCCGCACCAUCCACAGAGCUUCCGGGAAUCCAUCGCGGUGAGGAUAAAGAACGUCGCUGAAUUGCAGCAAUCCGUUGCGAAGCGCGAACUCGGCUACGUAACGCGUGUGGCUGUGCCGGUCCUGAAGGCCCUGCGCGCACUCCUUUCAGAAAUGUUCGAAGGCGCGGACUUUCCGAAAUUUCGCAAACUACAUUAUUCGGAAAUGAGCACGCCGAGGAAGGAGGACAAGAAUCUACUCACCUACGAUUCCCAUUCCCUCCUACCCGUGUGGACAGACGGGCACUCCCCGCUGUUCCACGACUACCGCAGUGAGGUACAGGAACUGACGCCGGCAGUGCACCAUGCGUACGACGAGAUGCUGCCCCGGUUCGACGCGUACUACCGGCUGUUUGCGACCGCGAUCGCCGCGGAAAACGCGGAGCGCAUUCUGGAAAACGGCUAUGACAUCGAUUUGGAGGUCCGACACGCACAAAAAGGUUUUGUCGUCACCUGCCAGCGGGAAGUCUACAAAGCGCUGGUGCGCGCCGCGCAGAACACGCAACUGCUGCAUGAACCGACGCUGAUGGCGCGGCGGCUGGUUCCCCGGGACGAAGCGUUCGUCCGCGAGAAACAGACCAAGCGGUGGGAGGACGCGGGGCAGCACCAGGUCCAGUGCUACCACGACCCCCACUUCGCGGCCGACGUGGCGGCGUUUCUCGGCCGCAACCACUCCGCCAUGUCCAGGCGGAUGCUGCAGGUGCCAGCAAAGGUCGUCGACUACGAAUUCGUGUCCGACUUUCCGGCGCUCGUGAAGAAAACGACGUCAGUGAAGGAAGCAGUAACAGUAACAGAGGGAAGCUCAUCAUCAUCUGCCAGGAUUGGUGGAAAACGGCUGGAAACAGGCCGCAUUGUUGGACCACCCACCAGCGGUUUCCUGGACUGGCUGCUCCCGAACAAGAGCUUUGCCGCGAACUCGCGGUUCCACGUCCUUCACUAUCUGGUGCUCCAACUCACCGGAAACAGCAAAAACGGCGAAUCAACCUCAACCACAGCUCCAGCUGCGCAAAACAAAAAUACAGAAACCGACGACCACUCAACGCCAAAAGGACCAGCAUCGCCGUUCUUUUUUGCCGAGAUUGGGACCCGCAGCGGCGACACGCCCCGCUACCUGAUGGAGCAGUUUGACUUCAUUUUCAGUUUGAUCGUGGACAUUUUCUGGAUUGACUCCACCGGCGCGGACAUUUUUCAGCGUUUUCCGGGGCGCGCUAGCUUUAUCAAGUCCGACAGUGCCUUGGUGUCUGACAAGCAAAUUCGGCGCCAAUUUUUCAACAAGAUGCGGCUGUCGUCGAGAACUUCGACUACACCCAGUACUGUGGCAGCACAGAGCCGGCGCACUGGAGUUGUAGGGGGAGAUGAAGCAGUAGCAGACUUUUCGGAUCGCGAUGACCAGAUGGCUGCCGGAGCUUCUCUGCAGCCUCAGUUUGCAGCUUCAAGUUCUUCUACCACGGCAAGUAGGCGGAACGGCGCCCGUACGAAGAAGAAAAGGCACGACUAUAACACAGAUAGGUAUAAUCACGAGCAGGAUCACCAUCUCCACGGGAUGGGGUCUGAUUCAGAAAAUAAAAAUGACGACAAUCGACGACGAGCUGCUGGAGAAAAUAAAGAUAUAAAUACUAACCACAGGAGUACGACAUUAUCAACACACUUCCUGUUCGACCUGAUUUUUAUCGACGGGGACCACAGUUAUGAGGGCGUGCAAAGAGACCUGGCGGCUUGGUACCCGCGAUUGCGGGCAGGGGGUGUACUCGCCGGGCACGACUUCGAUAUUCAGUGGUACGGCGUCGUAUUGGCUGUACUGGAAUUUGUACAAAAACAGAAUCUGAAACUCUGGCUGGGUCCGGACGCCGUGUGGUGGGUGUACAAACCCUAGCAUACUACAACAAGAAGAACAUGAACAGGGCGCACUCACAUUGAUUACGGCAGCGUCCAUAGCAUAGCGGUGCAGGAGCCAGCAUGGUUGGUUCGCUUCGCACAGACACCAA